CGAAGAUGAAUUUAAUGAAAGUUAUAGAAGUCAAGGAGAAAACGGACCUCUUGGGGAUUACAUUAAAGGCACUGAGUCUUACGAAUCGACUAGACAGAGCAUCUCCACACACGUAAAAGAGAGAAUUGCAGAAAUAAAGGAAUCUGAUCUUUUUCAGAUGCUCUCCGAAUUUAAAUUUUUCGCUUCAGCAUAUCCCGAAAAGGCCAGAUACCUUCUCCUUAGGUAUCCUCAUCUCGCUUAUGCCGUUGAACAAGGACUGCUGCGCGUGGAUGCUAUCGACACCAAGAUCGCCGAUUCAUUAGAGCUUACCGAUCCACCUUCGCCUCCUCCCUUGUACUCUCCUAUACUAGAAGAGCAAUUUUUGGAAUCUGCUCAACCCGGACAACACCAACCUGUAUAUGGGAAUCUUCCUUACGCCCAUCCGGCCGCGCAGAAUCCACAGUUUGGUUUGCAGCCCGCAGUCAACGUAUUUUCUGGCCGAACACCCAACGAGGCAUUACCAUUGAAGUUACCACCCGGCCAAUCCCAGUCCGGCCCAGCCCCAUCUUACGUUACUGGCAGCUACGGCGGGCAGACAUUGCCGCCAUCUGUCCAUCACCCCUUGCAUCCGUCUUACGCGAUGUCUCAGCAGCAAACACUGCCUGAUAAUAGCUCUGAUGAGCUUCUUCAGUUGGUCAUGUCGCUCAGCUGGAGUGAGUUGGAGGCGCUUCCCGCCGAAGAAAGGAGAGCUUGUUGAUUCUGAAACAACAGUUAAAGAGUGGAAGACUUCCUUAAUAUAAACACGAAUGCCCUUAACUUCCCCUUAAAAAAGUACUUGUAUGCCAG